CAGAAUUACGGGUUACUGCAUUGCUGGAGGGGCAAGGCAGGCCACGCUGCGAAACAAGCAGGGGCGCGCCGAUAACCAACCGAUGCGUGCGAGACGAGGGCGGGCAUCAGCCACACCGCGCCGGACCGAGGGAAAGGGAAGAAUUGUGGGUGGGUAUCAAGCGAGAGAGAGCGAGAGAGAGGGGGAGUAUCAAUCCAUGGAAGGACUUGAAGUGUGAUUGAUAUACGAAAGUGCAUUUGGAGCCGGACUAUUUCCCCGCCAAGGCCUUAAUUGCCCCGAGCAGGUCAUCGCCUCUCGCAGCACUUCCCUCCCUUUCCUCUCGCGAAACAGCACCACAAUCCCUUUCUUCGGUGCCUGCUGCACUCGCCGGAUUCUGUUUUCUGUUCCAUCUGCUCAUUCCUUCCCUCGCUCUCCAUCCCGACUCCUGUCUGUCUGUGAGACUGGGUUACGUUUUGUUGUGUUCUCGUCUCGUGGGGAUUCUGUUGGCUGUUUCUGUUGUUCCGUUCAUGUUGUUACGGGACACCGAAUCUUCGGGUGCCUUUGGUCUCGAGUGGUGGUGGCAUCGAAACAGCAACCGAGUUGAUACCAUCAUCAGCGACAAGGGCAACAGCAUCUGCCUCUGCCAUCCAUACCGAGACUUCAUCAUGCUUGCGGUUGGAAUCGAAUAGAGUGGUGGAACGACAGCGCGGUGGGGUCGGUUUUUUUACCUGGAGAUUAAUAGUUUUCAUCUGCAGGUAGUUGAUUGUUGAAGAACAGCACAGAACAGAGGUCAAAAUAAAAGAAACGAUUGCAUGUAGGUGUCCCCCCUCAGGAAUCGGGAUGCUUCAUCUGUGAACAACCUUCAGAUGAAGAGGAGGAAUGAGUGUGAAGAACACCACGUUGAGAUGAACGGCUGGAAUGGAUACGCGAAUUCAGAUCUUAGCCCUGCACCCACUCCCACAGGUCCUAGAGGGAGAGCCAGCCGGCCCAAGACAGUGAAGCAGACGAAGAACGGCCCCCAGACCCCAGGACCCUCAGGCAUUGGUUCUCCAACAAGUAGUGCACCCACUCCAACCAGUACCUGUCGCUAUGACAGCUCACUUGGUCUAUUGACGAAGAAGUUUAUUGACCUUAUUAAGCAAGCAGAGGAUGGCGUGUUGGAUCUUAACAAGGCUGCAGAUACUUUACAUGUACAAAAGAGAAGGAUAUACGACAUCACCAAUGUAUUGGAGGGAAUUGGGUUGAUUGAGAAGAAACUGAAGAAUCGGAUCAGAUGGAAGGGACUUGGUAUGGUGCGAACCACUGAAGGCAAGGAUGACGCAGUGGGAUUGCAGGUUGAGGUGGAGGAUCUGCGCAAUGAAGAGAAAAAGCUUGAUGAGAGUAUUAGUGAAAUGAGGGAGCGGUUGAGGAGCUUAAGUGAAGAUGAUCACAACAAACAAUGGCUUUAUGUCACUGAAGACGACAUAAAAAAUUUGCCUUGUUUUCAGAAUGAAACGCUUAUUGCUAUCAAGGCUCCUCUUGGGACAACUUUAGAAGUGCCAGAUCCAGAUGAGGCCGUUGAGUACCCUCAUAGGCGCUUCCAGAUUCUGCUUCGCAGCACAAUGGGGCCUAUUGAUGUGUACCUUGUCAGCCGUUUUGAAGGCCGUACGGAGGUGCCCAUGGAACCCCUACCUGGUAGCCAGGAGGCUGGUCCAUCCACCACUGCCAAUGCCAUGGAUCAUCAAGGAAAUAUGGCUAUGGUGCCGGAAGUAGGUUAUGGCUUAUCAGAUUUGGUUCCUCCUGCGAAUCAUGAAGCAGCAUCCCAGACCUCUGAACCUACCAGUUCUCAUCCCGACUUUGUGGGCGGGAUCAUGAGAAUAGCACCUGCUGAAGGCAACACGGAUUCGGACUACUGGUUGCUAUCUGACGCUGGUGUUGGUAUCUCGGAUAUGUGGAGAAGUGAUCCUUCCAAUGCAAUGUGGGAUGAGGUAGUGAGACUUAAUACGGAGUUCGGCAUUGAGAACAUAGGAUCUCCACGUCCUCACACUCCGCCUUCUAGCAAUGCUCUGGAAGUUGAUCCAGUUAGUUGAGCAAGGUUUUUCGUUUCAUCUACCAGGCCAAGCCUUAUAUCAGAAUACUGGUCUGAAAGGGACUUGCGUGGAUGGCUGCGACCUUGCUUGCUUGUGGGUUUCCUUACUCAAACUGCGAAGGUGUGACGGUUGUCUUGCUUGAAUAUUGCUUCCCACAAAUCUGUAAACUAAGAUGGGAUCCCACAGUUACGACUUGUGCGUAAAAUCUUCAUGGCUUGGAUAUGUGCCAAAACUGGUGCUUGUGCGUGUUUGGCGUCUGCUCAAUGAGCUGAUAAAAAAGUUUUCCAAACUGCCCAAGCCACCGUGACCAUGAUGCCGAAGAUGUUGAAUUUGGACCAUCUUUCCUGGAAUUGGAGUACGUAAAUGGUCCUGUUAGACAGAAAAGACUAUGGCAUGUUGCAUGCAUACUCUUUGGUAUAAGCCAAAAGAGUUUAUUCUUAGUAAGAUGCUUCCAACCUGCUACAGGGGAUUCUGCAUCCUGCUUACAGAUCCCGAAGAGGCAAGGCUGCAUGUGUGUACUGCGUUCAUGAAGAGGCAAGUCUGCAUUUAGGCUCCAAGGAUUUUCUCCAUGCUUGCCCAUCCAUUCAUGUGUCGUUACUUUCAUGGUAAUUGAAGGUUUAAGAUCAGUGCUACUACGCACUUGGUCUGGCUUUGGCUAAGAA